UAUUCUCAAUCCGCUGAAAAAUCCACCACGACCAACGCACCGACUCCUCUCAACAUUUCAUUGGCCCUCCACCCGACAAAACGUCAACGCUCAUCCAGUAUCCAAACGAAACAAUAACAAUGCCGAAAGUAGACCGUAGGGAAACAAAGGACCCAGUCAAGCGGAACUAUCAAUCACUCCCUUUCUACCUAUCAGCUCCAAGUUUAAAGCUUACUACAAUUGCCAAUACUUUACAAGUUGAGCAGUAGCACUGGCAUCAAGCAGAGCUCCUUCGCUUCCUCGAUGAGCAGAUAGACCAGUCCACACUUAAUACCAAUUUAGCCAACAUCUUUCAAUCAUCAGCGAUGACGUGAUCUGAUUGAUAAAUUGCAAUUGUGUAUUUUUCUACGUAUUGAAUAAUUGGCGAGAAUGAAAGCGGAUUUGAACUCAGUCAAACGUGCGACCUGAAAUUUAUACCUGAAUCUAAAUUACGUGACAAGAAGAUAAGGGAAUCAGUCAAUCAGGUGAGAAUGGCUGAAGCUACUGGACUUUGGGUAUUCGGUUAUGGAUCUUUGUGCUGGAAUCCUGGAUUUGAAUUUAAAAGAAAUAUGACUGGACAUGUCAAGGGAUUUGGCAGACGGUUCUGGCAGGGGAAUGAUAGUCAUCGAGGAACUAGUGAUAAGCCUGGGCGAGUGGCCACUCUGAUCGACGAUAGAAAAGAGAUCACAUAUGGUCGGGCAUUCGAAGUAACUGGAAGUGCAGCAUUGCCUUAUCUUGAGAACAGAGAAUGCACUUUAGGUGGAUAUUUAACGACAAUAUCAACUUUUUAUUCGCAAGAUGGAACGCAGACUUUUCCUGUGGUUAUCUACAUUGCAACUCAAAAAAAUAAGCAUUGGCUUGGUGAUGCACCCAUCCAUGAUAUUGCUCAACAAAUUUUGGAAUCUAAAGGCCCUAGUGGUCAUAAUGUGGAAUAUCUCCUCAGAUUAGCAGAUUUCAUGCACCAAUUCAUCCCCGAAGCUUAUGACGAGCAUCUGUUCACCUUGGAAUUGGUCGUUCGUGCGAGAAUAAAAGAACUGAAUCUGUGCUUGAAAACGUUAAUGGGCAAUCGUGAAUUCGUCAUCCAAAUAGAAAUAGAGAGAGACUCUGACAGUUCUGAUAACGAUAUACCAGACAAUGUACCUCGUCGCCAGUCAUACGAAUACACAUCUAGAAUUGCUGGAAAAACAUUGCGCUGCUUGAAACCCUAAUUCACACACCGAAAAAUGAGGAUUGAGCUCGAGCUCAAAGUGAUAUUCUAACUCUUCAUGAAAAUAUUUUCAAUUGAUACUGAAUAAUUAUUUUUGACUAUUUAUUUUUUUACAUAUUGCCGGUUGAAUGUUCAUACGUGCCUCUAUUCAUAAUUUUAUACAUUUUUCUUAUAUAUAAUUUUGAACGCACAAUGAUAUUUAGUAUAUAAUAUGUAAGAGCACAAUUCAAAUUGGAUAGGAAAAUUAUGGGCUGACGAAAUUUUUCGGAGAAUAUCAUAUUGAUACGCUUUGAAAGAUGAUAAUAAAU